CUUGUCAUUUGGCACUUGCCACAAAAACUCUUUUUCAGCAUUAACUCUUUCCCUUCAUUCAGUUUGUUCUUUUCUCACAAAGUGAAACGUCCAAAUGUCUCCUCAAACGCUUUUCAUUGUCCUCGCUUCAUUAGUCUUAUGUAAUGGCUAUUACACAGAGGAAUCACUUUAUAAAACAAAAAAUGCUCAACACUACUACCCUGUGCAUAAUGGGAGAUUGAUCAGAACAAAACAUGAACAUUUUGGUCUCAUAACAAGGGCUAAUAGAGCCAUCCCUCUUUCUUCUAGGCCUCGUGGAACAGUUAGCGUCGAUGACUUUGGAGCCAAAGCAGAUGGAAGAGAUGACAGCCAGGCAUUUGGGAAGGCUUGGAAUGAAGCAUGUUCUAGAGGGGCUAUCCUUGUGGUACCUGAAAAUAGGAUCUAUCGUCUUAAGCCAAUAACAUUUUCUGGUCCAUGCCAACCCAACACUGCCUUUAUGCUCUAUGGAACAAUCGAGGCAUGGACUCAAAUGUCAGCAUACCAAGAAGAUAGACUACACUGGAUCAUGUUUGAUAGUGUUACAAAUUUCAGAGUUGGUGGUGGCGGCACAUUCAAUGGCAAUGGGAAAAAGUGGUGGCAAAACUCUUGCAAAGCCAACACUGACCUUCCAUGCAAAGACGAACCAAGACCAAAAGCCGUGACUUUCUUUCAAUGCAACAAUUUGAAAGUGACCAACCUGAGAUUCAAAGAUGCACAACAAAUGCACGUAUCAUUUGAGAAAUGCUUCAAUGUUAUUGUUUCAAAUGUUGUCAUUAGAGCACCAGGGGAUAGCCCCAAUACUGAUGGAAUUCAUGUCGCAGAGACACAAAAUAUUGCCAUAAGAAACAGUGACAUUGGAACAGGUGAUGAUUGUAUUUCAAUAAUAAGUGGGUCCCAAAACGUUCGAGCCACAGAUAUCACCUGCGGACCUGGACAUGGAAUAAGCAUCGGAAGCUUGGGAGCUGAUAACUCAGAAGCUGAAGUGUCCAAUGUGGUAGUGAACAGGGCAACCUUAAUAGGAACGACUAAUGGAGUGAGAAUCAAGACUUGGCAGGGAGGUUCUGGUUACGCAAGAAACAUCAAAUUUUUGAAUAUAGCGAUGCAAAACGUGACAAAUCCCAUAAUCAUAGAUCAAUACUACUGUGAUAGAGCAGAGCCAUGUCAAGAACAGGACUCAGGUGUGCAAUUAAGCAAUGUGUUAUACCAAAACAUCAGAGGAACAAGUGCCUCAGAAGUGGCCAUCAAAUUUGACUGCAGCAGAACCGUUCCUUGCAGACAAAUCUACGUGCAGGACGUGAUUUUAGAACCCCAAGGCAGUGGUGGCACCAUUGCCACGUGUCAGAAUGUUAGAUAUGUGAAUAGAGGAAAGUUUUUUCCUCAAUGCACCCAUUGAAUAGAGAGAGGAAGACUCCUGAAUUGAAUAUAAGUUAUUUAGAAUU